AUGAAAUUUGAAGAUUAUUUGGCGAUUUUUAAUAGCGUACAGCUUGUGGGAUGAAUUUCUGUGCUGUGAUUCGCGUGCGAGUAUGUUGUGGAGAACAAAACAGUUGAAAUCUUAUAUGAUGUGAAAAUUAGGAGAUUACUAGAGAUUAUGCUUGGAUUAAGUAUUGUUGAAGUAAGGUAUAUUCAGGUCUUUCACAAGUAUUAUAGACUAUCUUGCAAUAUUUGGCCUAAUAUAGUCCAAAACUGUGUCAGAAUUUUGAUAUUUUUUGGGAUAAGGGAUUUGAUACCAUGAGUAGGAUUAAUAUAGAGUAAUUGGCCUAUUGGAGCUGUUUUAUCGUGAGCUUUAAUUGAUAUCACUGAUUAUUUAUAUUUUCUUACGAAAUUUUAUGGGUUGAUAAAUUGGAUAUUUUGGCUGAAAUAUAAUGCAUUUUUUAUUCUUAUACCAUUAGCAACUCUUUUUGAGGCACUAUGUGUUGUUGAAACUAUUCCAGAUUUUUGAGAAAAUUGCCCAAAGAAUUCAACAUUUAGCUUUAGUUUUUAUUUCAAAUCGUGCUAUUUAAUUAUUUGUAUCAUGCCUGUGAUUUUGAUAUUGAAAUUUUUUUAUAUUUAUAUGUCUUCAUUAACAAAAAGAGACAUUGUCUAUGACAUAGCUGAUUAA